CGAAACAAGGCUGACAUGUACCCGAGUUCCGAGCAUAGCGGGUCCAGAGACCAGUGAUGUAGAGAUACCAUAAUCAUGUGUGGUUUGUAUACACAAUAUAGAUCUGAAGGAUAAGAUGACCUAUAUUGAUAUUGUAUACAGCGUUACGCUUCAAACUGACACAGGACAGGCUGUAUCAUCCAUGGACUGGGAGUCAACCACUCUCAAAUAUGGACUCCAGGCCACACAAACAUGACACGGAUAGGGGAGGGAGGAAGUUUAUUGGACUUCUACUCCUCGCGGGUGUCUUCCUGGUCUACUAUUUUUACAAGGAGACGUUUUCUACUCCUCAAGUUAUCAAAUAUGUACCCAGGAGGUCGCCUGCCGUUGUCUUGCGGAAGCUCCACUGGCUGAAAGAUGGGGAACUUGUAUCGGGCACCUUGACAACAGGUCGUGAUUUGGUCCAAGUUCAUGAGAUAUUGAACGCCACGCAACAACUAGGGGACGACGACGAUGUUGAGUGCAGAGAAGUUUUGAACGAGGACAAGGACAAGAGGUGUGACUUUGUGAAGCAGACUGAUGACUGUCAGAUUGAUGAAGGUUUCCUUGACUACACACAGUUUGUGUACUGCGACUUUGGGUCCGGAGGACAUCUACAAAUAUUGGGCAUGAUCAUUCUGUUCCUGUGGUGGGUAUUCCUGUUUACAGGCCUGGCUGUUACCGCUGAUGAUUUCUUCUGCCCAGCCUUAUCAGUGAUCUCGGAGACCAUGCACCUCAGUCAUAAUGUAGCUGGUGUUACAUUCCUUGCAUUCGGUAAUGGUGCUCCAGAUAUUUUCUCGGCCAUCGCUGCCAUCGGUAAUGCCAAGAACGGGGAUGCGGGAUUAGCUAUUGGAGCCCUGUUUGGUGCUGGUGUGUUUGUGACGACCGUUGUUGCGGGAUCCAUUGCUGUCAUCUGUCCGUUCCAGGCCAUGCAGCGUCCAUUUCUCAGGGAUGUGAUAUUCUACCUUGCUGCUGCAUUCUGGAGCUUCUCCAUACUGUGGAAGAAGGAAAUCACAAAAAUAGAGUCUAUAGGCUUUAUCCUGAUGUAUGCUUGCUAUGUGCUGGUGGUCGUGUUUGGACGCUACAUUUAUAAGAAGUACAAAAAGUCUAUUCCAUUGCACAAUGGCGAGGUAAAGGAUGAUGACGAUGAUCCAUAUGAAACAAUUUCCAACAAACAUAAUGGGCCAGCGUCAGAACGGGACCCUCUUCUGGAAGACAGGAUAAACCGGUCUGUCAGCCAGGAUGAUCUUACUGAGAUGGGGGAGACAAGAGGUGUAUUUCAGGAGUUUUUGUCAGCCAUUAACCCCAUAGACAUGGACAAGUGGCCCCAAAUGAAAAUAUAUUCAAAAGUCUAUGAAGUUUUCAAGGCCCCUCUGAUGUUCCUCCUCAUCAUUACUGUACCGGUAGUAGACAAAGAGGAAGACAAACACAAGUGGAACCAACUCCUCAACUCACUACAGUGUUUUACUGGGUUGUUAUUUAGCUCCCUGGCUACAAAAGUUGGAUUUGAAACCAUCGGAGGCACAUUCCCCCUGUGGGUGCUCAGCCUCAUCAUAGGGGCUGGCCUGUCCAUUCUUGUACUACUCACUACAAAGAAUGAUGUACAGCCAAAAUAUCACGCAGUCUUUGCUUACCUUGGGUUCCUUGUAGCAUGUAUAUGGAUUUAUUCCAUAGCCAACGAAAUUGUCAACAUUCUUCAGACUUUUGGAAUUGUACUCAACAUCAGCAAUGCAAUCUUAGGUCUUACCUUACUUGCCUGGGGAAAUAGUAUUGGCGACCUGAUAGCUGACACUGUUAUGGCCAGACAAGGCUAUCCUAGAAUGGGGAUAUCGGCAUGUUUUGGUGGACCACUCUUUAAUUUAUUACUGGGCAUAGGAAUACCAUUCACCGUAGCAACGAUUAAAAAUGGAGGAACGUAUAAGCUCCAGAUAACAUUCGAGGAGGUUGUGUUAGCUGCAUUCCUUAUGCUUAGCCUUGUGGUAUCGCUUACUAUUGUUCCACUGUCCAAAUUUAAAAUGUCUCGUAUGUACGGCAUCAUUCUUAUAGUGUUGUAUGUCAUAUUUCUUAUUGUAGCCAUUUUAGCCGAGACAAAUGUUAUUGAUGUUAAAAUAUGAUUAUUGUACUCGUUACUAAUUACAUAUAUAUAUAAUGAGGUAUUAUAACCAUGACAAGAAAAAUAGUUUUCCCAUUUUCCAAUUCAACAUUUCAUUAUUGACAUUCCUUUUCGGUGCUCGAAUGUAAGUGGACAUUAGAAUCAAUCAUUAACAACGUGUGUGAAACUAAAGAUAUAUUUCUAUGUAGAAAGGAUAAGAAAUAGUAUGCACCACUUAUACGUUUUUUAUAAUGCUCUAUGCAAAAGAGUUUUAUGUUUUUGGAGAUGCCUUUCUUGACUCACUAAAACAUGGUAUGAUGUCCACUAAAACAUGGUAUGAUGUAUACCAUGCUUUUCAACAUAUUCAUUUAGUUGCGAAUAGUAGACUUCAAACUUCACCUGUGUAUACCAGAUUCUUUUAGAUAACCAUACAGUGCACAGCAAUACAGCUUGAGAGAUACUCGUACUUUUAUUUACCUGUACUUAAUUCUCGUUGAAAAUUCUAGAUUUUUAUUUAUUUUUUGUUACAUGUGCUAUGUUUGAUGUUGAUAAAUUGAUUCCCACAGAACCACAGUUCAUGACAACUUGAUAAAACUUGUAUAUAUAGUACUUAUAUAUAGGUAUACUGUAUUAUAAUACUAUAUAUCUCUGAUCUCAGAUUUCAGAAGGCUUUUUUCUGACAAUUUAUUUGUUAUCAUAAUAUAAUGGACAUAGAGGCCAGUUACAAAAACCUCAUGAACAUGUGUUUUUGAUAUGUACUGAUAAAAUUAUUUGGUAAGUAACCAAAUAAACGGUCAUUUUAUUUUAGUCUGGAUUGUUGUGAAUGUCUAUAACAUAUAUUUGGGGUUGGGAUAACAUGAGGUAUACUACUCUUUCUAUGUUUGUGUAUCAGUUGAAACAUGUUAACUACUCAUUCGACCUUCAAACGAUCGGAAAGACAGCAAUCAUAGUAGUAUUAAAAUAUAAUAAUGUUGUUUAAUGAUCCUCAGCUACUCCACGUUAUCGGUAAACAUUAUUAUACCUUGGACUAUGAAACCCAUCUGGUUUCUUGAUUCUAACUGUUGUUUGAUUAAGUGGGCCAGUUGCGCCAAACCACCCAACUCAAAAUCAUUACGCGAGUUUAAGAUAUUAUUUUGUUUUGUCGAAACAGGUUGUUCGGUAGUGUUGUUUUUGAAUAUGAACAACCUGUGUUCCCAAUAUGUUAUUAUUUUUAUUUUCAUUGCCACAUCAACAACAUAAAAUGCAAACGAUAUUUCUUCCAAGAUAAUAUAUUUUACCCUGAUUUCUGUCCUUUUUUCAAAUGAAUCAACUUCAAACAUGGACAUCAUUGUUUAUCUUAAAUGAAAUUUUUAUACAAUUUAAUAUUACAAAAAUGGAGGACUUAAAUACAACAUCCGUUGAAAUGAAAUAAUCCUUUUAUAUAGCUUUCUUAAUAUAGGCUAAAUUCUGUUGUUAUUCUGCAUAUGACCUGCCUCCACAUGUGAUUGCUUUCCCUGGUUACCGGCGCACUGCUGUUAAUUUGUUAUGUCCGUAAUGUAUAAACCGCCAAGCAUUGCUUGCGAAGCGUAUACGCUAAUA